CCCUCUCCAGCCGCGCGGGGCGGAGGGUGGAGCGCGGGGCGGCCGUCGGGGCGCAUGGACCGGCCCGGGGCGCGGGGCCCGCGGCGCCGCCAUGAGGAAGCAGAGCGUGCGCACAGCCGCGCUCAUCCUGUGCAUCUUGUCCUACCUGCUGGUGGGCGCCGCCGUCUUCGACGCGCUCGAGUCCGAGGCGGAGCGCGGCCGCCGGCGGCUGCUGGCCCAGAAGCGCGGCGAGUUCCGGAGGAAGUACGGCUUCUCGGCCGAGGACUACCGCGAGCUGGAGCGCCUGGCGCUGCAGGCCGAGCCGCACCGCGCCGGCCGCCAGUGGAAGUUCGCCGGCUCCUUCUACUUCGCCAUCACCGUCAUCACCACCAUCGGGUACGGCCACGCCGCGCCGGGCACGGACUCGGGCAAGGUCUUCUGCAUGUUCUAUGCGCUCCUGGGCAUCCCCCUGACGCUGGUCACCUUCCAGAGCCUGGGCGAGCGCCUGAACGCGCUGGUGCGGCGCCUCCUGCUGGCGGCCAAGCGCUGCCUGGGGCUGCGGCGGCCGCGCGUGUCCACCGAGAACAUGGUGGUGGCCGGGCUGCUGGUGUGCGCCGCCACCCUGGCCCUCGGGGCCGCCGCCUUCGCGCACUUCGAGGGCUGGACCUUCUUCCACGCCUACUACUACUGCUUCAUCACGCUCACCACCAUCGGCUUCGGCGACUUCGUGGCGCUGCAGAGCGACGAGGCACUGCAGAGGAACCCGCCCUACGUGGCCUUCAGCUUCCUCUACAUCCUCCUGGGGCUCACGGUCAUCGGCGCCUUCCUCAACCUCGUGGUCCUGCGCUUCCUGGCGGCCAGCACCGACGCGCCCCCGCGCGCCGCCCGCCGCCCCAGCCCGCUCCGCCCGGGGGCGCCCGAGAGCCGCGGCCGCUCCCCGCCCCGCCGGCCGGCGAGCGCCGGGGGCUCCACCUCCGUCUCCUCCCGCGUGCACCAGCUGCAGAUGGGGGCCCGCGACAACCUGGGCUUCUCACCCGCCUCGAGCCCUGGGGCUGUGGGCGGCGGCGGCAGGGCGGGCAGGCCCCCGGCCCGGCGCAAGUCCAUCUGACAGCCCACCUCGGGCCGGGGCCCGGGGUCACCUGUCAGUGCACCUUCCCCAGAGCCUGGAGAGGGGUGAGCGGCCGUGGCCUCACGGCCGUCUUCAGUCACAAGCAGUCUGUCCUUCCCCUCUGUGGCCAGGCCCUCGCUCCUCUCCCAAAAUACAUUAAAGCCGCACCAUAAGCACAAGCGCGACUCCCAAGUCGCCCUGUAGGUGCAAAUCCCUUGUGGUCCAAAUUGUUUCAAGAAGGCGUGGCCUCCCAGGAGAGGCUCUCCCAGGCCCGCGUCACCAGUUGGCCGCCUGGAGUGGAAACAGGUGGUCGUCUUUCUGCUGCGAGAAGAGGCAGCCUUUCCGUGUUGCAGGGGAGAUGGGCGGCUCUCAACACUGGGACCCUAGCAGUGAGGCCAGCCCCGCACAGCAGGAGAAGCACGGUCCCAUGGACGGACGGCAGGGAAACACCUGUGCAGUGGGGCGGGGUGGGCAAAUCUGCACUAUUUAAAUGAUCGUUCAUUCUCUUGCUCAAUUUGGGGUAGAGUGAAAUUGGCCCAUGUGUGAAUGAAGCACACCCUCCCCCCACCAAUCUGCAGCUCUUUGUCCUUGGCCAUGCCACCGCAGGAUGAGGGGGGCCUUGCUGACAGCCACCGCAUCACUGGGGCACCUGGAUGCAGGAGCAUGCUGUGGGAAGAGCCCUCGUCUGGGAACUGCCCAUCAUGUGACCUUGGGGAAUGUCAUCCCUACCUGGGCUUCAGUUUCCACCUCUAUAAUAUG